AUGUACUUCUCGCUUCGUUGCCGUCUUAGUUUCUGCAUGAACCUUCACCAUCACUGUCGUGAACAUCAGAGGUUCCUGGUUUCGCAGCCAAAUGGACUUUGUAACGCCGAGCCGAGGCUAGAGGCAGGUCAAGAGCGACAGGUGAAGGAACUCUAAUCCGCCAUGGGGAACAAAUCAUCGAAAGGUGUGAGCGUCGAGGAGCCCCCUAAAACAACUUUGUUUGAGAGGGAAUCAUGUGGGAUCACAUACAGGAUUCCAGCUCUGCUCUACCUGAGGCAUUGUCACACAUUCCUCGCCUUUGCAGAGAAAAGAACCUCCUUUCAUGACUACGACGCCAAACGUCUGGUUAUGAGAAGAGGAUUGCUACAAGAGGAUGGAUCUGUUCAGUGGUCGUCGAGUCAGGAGAUUUCGACUGCAUUUCUGCCAAACCACCGCACAAUGAAUCCCUGCCCUGUGUAUGAGAAAAACAGCAAGACGCUCUUCCUCUUUUUCAUCUGCAUAUGGGAACACACCACAGAAAUAAAGCAGAUUGUGACAGGUAAGAACAAGGCCCGUCUUUGCUGCGUGAGCAGCAGCGACGACGGGCAAACCUGGAGUCAAGCGAUGGACCUUACAGAGAGUGUGAUCGGGGAAGCCAUACACAAAUGGGCCACUUUCGCGGUCGGGCCUGGCCACGGCGUUCAGUUGGAGAACGGCAGGCUGAUCAUUCCUGCGUACGCCUACUACAUCCCGUACAGAUGCUGUUCCUACCCACUUCCUUGUACGGUGUGCCCACGCGCGCUGUCGAUAUACAGCGAGGACUUGGGACAGACGUGGCGUAUCGGGAAGAUGCUUCAAAAGAAGUCAUGCGAAUGCGAAAUGGCGGAGAUCAUCGACCACGAGGGAAGGAGCCACCUUUACUGCAACGCCCGGCACACAGGCGGCCACAGGUGUGAAGCCCUGAGCGAAAACAGCGGCGUCUACUUUGAUAAGCCCCACAUGGCCAGGGAGCUCGUCGAGCAGCCCUCGGGUUGCCAGGGCAGCGUCAUCGGCUUCCCCGCGCCCGAAUUCGUCCCCAACGACGACGCCGAGAGCAAGGCCUGCGGCACGUCGCUCCUCUCACCAGACACUCAAACCUGGCUCCUGUUCAUGCACCCGACCAACAAGUCCGACCGGCGGGACAUGGGCGUGUACUUGAACCGAUCCCCCUUGCACUCGUCCGGGUGGGACCGGCCCAGGAUCAUCCACAGGGGGCCGAGCGGUUACUCGGACCUGGCCUACAAUGUGGACAAGGAUCAGUUCUCCUGCCUGAUGGAGUGCGGGAAGGAAAGCGAACUGGAGCAAAUUGCCUUCAUGACCUUUUCCCUCAACGACGUCAUGCAGACGGGUGAUAAGAAAGAGAAGAAGAUGGUCUGAAUUUGGGCCGUUAUUGACAGAGAUCUCCUUAUAUUAUCCCACCACUAGAAGAAAUCCAAUCAAAACACCCCUGACGUGCCGUGCUGUAACAUUCAUCUGUGUUUUUACGUUCUGGAGAUAGUGAUGCAUGCAUGAGUCAUGUGCUUUCUGGUCUCCUUGAGUGAAGUAAGUCUUAUUAUAAUUAUGCAACAGCAUAGGGUUGAUUUUAAUAGGUUUUGUGGUUCAUUUACGCAUGCUGUGUUUGCAGUGUCAUUUUUAUAGCUGGUAUUGUGUGUUGCAUGUUUGAUGAGCACUUCAAAGCCGUUCCAGCAUCUUAUUGAAGUGUCACUUUUUCUUCUCAGCAAAGUUAGCCUACCUCUUUAUUUUCUUAUGAAGAUCAUAGGGGGCCUUGCAAACUAGUCCGCAGAUUUCCCUCCAUACAGUCCUCUCCUUUACAUUUAGUAUACUCUAAUUCACAUAUGCCUUCUGCUGUAUUGUUUUAUAUGGAAGCUGUGCAGCAGCGUCGUCAGUGGAUUGCCUGUGAAGGUCACAGGGAGGGUCAUACAGCUGUCAAUAAAAUAGGAGAGGGGAGGUAAACAUGUGCAUCUGACAUGCAGUUCAUUACUGAAGAGACCAAACGUGCUGAACCACAUAUGUGAGUUGUUUUUUAUUUUAUUUUAUUUUUUUAUUGAAGCAGCUCAUUCAGCUGAGCUCUUGGAAUCAGACUUAUUUUAGAUUAUCACUCGGAAAGUGAGGUACUCCUUCGUACAAUAUAAUGAAGCUGUAAAGAGCAUAUGUCAUCUUUUUUACACUAUUUUUUCUUUCCAAUUAUGUCCUGGCUUUUAGCCCAUGAGAUAUAAUUUUUAUGUUCUUUAAGGAAAUAUUUAAAAAAAAAAAGAAAAGAAAAAAAAAACCUCCCCAGGGAAGACGCUGAUCACUUGGCAGCUGUGAGAACACAACUGAAAGUUAUUGAUCAACAAAAUAGCUUCUAGCUUGAAUUUCAGCUUAUAAAGGAAAGAUGUAUAUUCCAGAUAAUCUGGGAGAGCUAGGAAACCUAAUAAACCAGCACCCUAAGCAUGGAUUUAAGCGCUCCGUGUUGUAUUUUCAGUACUCCACGGUAGUGAAUAAUCACUACAGUUAGCAGUUGCUCUGCCCCUAAAGUCAUGUGGCAGAGGGAGGGGAAGUUAAGCUACUGAUAGACACUCAGUCUGACGCUGCAGUGAGACGCGUGUUCAUUUAGCUCAGACACAAAGAAAAAAAAGUGUUGGGAGCUUAAGCUGAUUAUUGACUGAAAAUGAAGUUUAGAGAGAGAGAGCUGUUUUUCUCUCAGUAGAAGUUUUGCUCUGUGACAGAACAUGUAAGUAGUAAAAAGCACUUUUUUAUCUGAUAAACUCUCAAACUCCACUCACCAUGAGUUUUUUUUAAUGUUUUUUUGUGUGCAUGAAACAAACAGAUGACGCCUCAUCAUCCACCUAUUGUACUCACUUUCUGUUUUUAAGACAUGCAACUACAGCACUGUUAAUUUUUUUUAUCUACUUUAAAACAAUAAUAUGCGAUAAUUAUUUUUCUCAUAAAAUAUUAUAUCUGCCCUUUAAGCGUUUGAAACUCUGUCAUGAAUUUUUACAUGGAGCCUGUGAAGAACUGCUGAAAUUCAUUUUUUUUUAGGUGUUGCACUUCCACUGAGAAGAAUUAUUAACAGAUAAGAAAGAAAUGAAUGGAUUCUUUAUCUUUGUACAUCAAAAUGAUAUGAUAACGUGUAUUUUAUAGUUUCAGCUGUACUGCACAGGAAUAAUAGACUAUUUACAUGUGAGUUAAAGACUGUCGUGGUCAAAAAUGGCUCACAGUUGCACUUAAACUGCGUUAGUAGAAACUGGAUAUGUGAGUGGUUAGAAAAUGUAACUAAAACAGUUUGGUCUGAAAUCAGAAUAUUUAAAGCUUUCUCAAUAUUUAUUAAUACGCCUCAUAAAAGAUGUGUAAAAAGUCUUGAAAGUUAAUUCUAGCUGUACAUGUAGGAUGGUUUAUUUAUUUAAAAAUCACAUCAGAUAUACUGGGAAGGUGUGAAAGUAUAGAACAGUGGAGAAUAAUUUCCCACAACAGAAACUAUGACAGGAUUGAUGCGUCAAAUGUGAGCUAUUGAACAUCCUGCAUGCUGUUUUACAGCCUCUUUAAGGCCCAAAACGCAACUUGACUGGAGGAAUUGGGAGAAUCUACCAACCAGAACGAGAGCAGUGAUGAAUUUUACUUGUAUUCUUUAUUAGCGCUGACAUCAUAUUGAUAAUCUGGCGAUUGUUAAAAAAAGAGAUUGGAUAAACUUCAGAGAGGCCCUCAGUACUGUGAUGACCAAAUGUGAUUUUAGUUAUGGGUAAUUUUUAUUCUGGAAAAUUAUUCACAGCAACAAUUCAGUUCAAUCUGCGUGAAAUGCCAACAAUUUGACUUUCAUUCAUUAGAAUAAAUCUUAAAAAAUAAGUUUAUUUGUCAGCUUAUUGUAAUUAUUACUGUGAUUCAUGCUAAAAUGUAAUUCCAACCAUUAUUUUAAAGUUAUAGUUGUUAUUCUUGAUGACGAACUGCCUUCAGCUGGGAUUAUUUAUGGUCACGACUGACAGGGAAAAACUUCUAUGUCUCUAAUUUGACAUAGAAGAAUUAAGUGCUGCUUAUUUAUGACGUUGCCAAAAAGCAAAAAUCUCAACGGUACCAUUUUUUAAAUUUUUUGCCAAAAUGUAAAUGCUGCUUAUAUUUGCAUCAGUGGCGACUGGCUAAACGGUUUUAUUAUUGAAACCAAAACACAUGAACGUUUCUAAUAUGCUAAUUUCAGCUGAUCACACCAGAUAAAAAUAAAUUCAUUGAGCUUUAAUAUUUAUUUCUAAAGCAAUACUUUAUUCAUUCCUUGCACAUCAAACCUGAUUUUGUGAAGGACUGUGAUUCAAUAAGCUCGGUUCUCUGCAGUGAAAACUCGUGACAGCAGACGGAGACUCACUUGUUCGUAGAAGCCACUCAGAAUUUGCACAAAACAAAAUACUGUACCGACCUUAACAUCUCAUUUGCCUAUCGUCGUGAGGCAAAAUGCCUCCAGGUCGUUUUGUUGCGUUUCUCUUCGCUGUUGUGAAAAGUGAUUUAAAAACCUGCAUGGGAUGUGUGUUUUAGUAGAAAAUAAAAUUAACUUGUGAGCAAUUGGUU